AUGCCCAUUCAAGACAACAUCGACUGGACCGAAUUGCUCAAGGACACCAUUGUCACGACUCAGCAUUGUAAUGACGGCGACCGAAUUGCAGCGGCAACCGAGACUCUACAGCGAACAGCCCACCAAUUCGUGGAGGUGCUCAAUGAACGUGCCAAGCUUUUAGCCAACAGUGCCCAGUUUGAAAGAGCGUUACAAGAUGCGGCAGCCAUAACAGCCAUAUUACCAAGUUCAGGGCUUGGAUACUUGCGUAUGGGAGACGUGUAUUGUCAACAAGGGCAUCAUGCAGCAGCCAUUUCCAUAUAUGAUCAAGGGCUUCAAGCAGUGCCAGAAUCAGAUGCCCAUUAUCAGCAGCUUCAACAAUGUCGAAUGGAAGCGGCAACCAACAACAGCAAACGCAUCGACUUUAUCAGUCAGCUUCCAUUGGAUAUUGUCAUCACCAACAUUAUACCAAGGAUUACGUCCAGGACCUAUUUUGAAUCAUCAUGCGAAUACCUCUUGGUGUCACGUGCAUGGCAGGAGCGCAUCUUGCAGCAACCCAAGGGCUUGAAGUUCCACUUUGGCAAAAACGUCCACACAUUCAAAAGCGGGCACGUAAAACUUGUUCGAUUUGCACCGUAUGUUCAGAUCUUACGAGGAUAUCUAUGCGACCUUCAUUUGGAUGAUCUCUUUCGUCGGGCUCAUUUUUCAAAACUAAAAGAUUUAUGGUUACAUUGUAAUGAUACAACUCCCCACCGCCCGUUUAUCAAUGGCCUAGAGUUGGUUGCCCAUUCACUGGCCCGCAUGACCAUUCGUGGUAGUUGCUCUUCUAUUGAAUUACGUGAUAUUGUGGAGACUUGUCCAAAUCUUGAAUAUAUGGAAACGUGUGGAGUGGAUGUCACGAUGCCUUCGUCGUCUACAGCAAGUUAUCCCAAGAUGACACACCUAUACCUUUACGAGAUAUCAGAAUCAGCUCUCGCCUAUGAUAAUAUGGUCGAUGUCCUUAGCCGCUUUCCAUCGUUGUUGUUACUCGGAGUGUCGCCAAUGCCUGAAUCCCGUCUUUUGACUCUCCUGAAGGACCAGUGUCCUUAUCUUCAGAGGCUUUUUUAUGGUCCCGAACCGCUUGAUUAUACACCUCCAGACCCAAUGACUGUUUACCCGAAUCGCAGAGGGGUGGUAUCGGCCCAUUUAGGUGGUGGCUCCUAUGAUCAAGACGAUCUGAUCCGAUUUCUGUACCAGCAAAGAAGUUCUCUGGAGAUGAUUUUUUUUGAUGGCAAGAUUACAAAGGAUGACGAUGCCAUUUGGGAAAUAUUGGAUGGGAGAAUAUUGGAAAGCAAUAUUCGAGGAGGAAGCAUUGAUGAUGAUGAUGAUGACCCAUCACAACAACAAUCAGAGGCAUCUUUCGUGCGACUAGUCGACUUUGAUUUUUGGGUGAUGAACGAGACCCCAUCUACACCUUUCAUGCAGUGGAUUCUAUUGAACGCUCCCAAUAUCAAGACUAUCUGCAUCCUUGAUUCAAAUUGUCAACCCGAUAUCGCAGCUGCCAUGAGCAACUUGAAGCACCUGUCCAAAGUGGUAUUCGAUACAAAAAGAGGCAGCAUCGACAACAUGGGGAUCCAACAGUUCCUGGAAUACCAUAUUUGGACAAUGGGUGACGCUUCAACACUUGAAGAAGUCGUUGUGUACAUGAAAGAUAUGUCUGAUGUCGCGUGGAUACCUUUAUUGUACCGAUUGAAACGUCUCAAAACUCUCAUGUUACUUGCUAGCACCAUUUCCGAAAAUUGCGUAUUAUCAAUGCAUGAGCUAUGUCAACGCUGCCCUGCGCUCGAGGAUUUAACCCUUGGCAAGGAUGGGUGUGAAAUGGCGAAUGGUCUUUUGAAGCCUUUGCGUCGACAUCCGAAUCUCAAGUACCUUAGUGUUUCAGCAAGAUCUUUAUCCGAGAACGACCUUACUGCUUUGUGUGCAUUCCGCAAGUUAAAAUACCUCUAUCUUCAAUGCCCCGUUCCAAAGUAUUUGCUUGAGAUAUUGCAAGACCAUAUACAGGAUGUUGAGAUUGAUAGUGCAUAG